AUGUUGGAGGAAGAGGUGGUCUUCGAUGAUGCCUCCGUGGCAUCUUCUGAGAAAGCACCAUUAAGCAAGGACAAGCUCGACGUGCCGCCUCGGAAAGUAACUCGGUCGCGCGCACAAUGGCUGAGUUGCGUUACGGUAGCCGGCGUCCUGCUCCUCCUCGCGCCGCUCUACCUCUGGAACAACUUUCACGCGAUGCGCGCGGCGGAGGAGGACUCGAUUUCUGUUAUCACCCCGGCCAGCGACAACUUUGACAUCCACAAGCUGAUCCGCGAGUUGAACGAGAACGGUGAGAAGAUCUACCUCUCAAGCCUCAUCACUAAAGAGCCUGACGGUUGCGCACGGGAUGUGCCUGGGCUGCCCAAGGGAAAGCAGACAGUGGUUACGUUUAGGACUGUCGAGAGUCAAGAGCGCGAAGCGGUAGUCUACGUGCCGACGAGCUACCCCUCGCCGGUGGGUGGCACGGAUGCGAAGCCGGUGGCCCUGCUGCUGCUCUUCCAUGGUCUGAAUGAUAACUGCAAGCACUUCCUGGACGCCACCGGCUUUAUGACCUAUGCAGAACGCGACGGCUUUGUGCUUGUGAGCGUCUGUGGGUCUCUGGGGUACCUCGGCAGAGGAUGGAACGCGGGCAUGUGCUGCGGCUUCCUUGGCGAAAAGCCCGACGACGUGGCGUUCGCAAAACAGGUGGUGGCGGAACUUUCGCGGAGCGUUUGCAUUGAUAAAACACGUGUAAUGGCCGCCGGAUUCAGCAACGGUGCCAUGCUGGCGCAGGUGCUGGCGUGCAAGGCGCCCGAAUCGUUCCGCGCUGCCGUCUCCGUCAGCGGUGUUGUUGAGAUGCGCCCUGGAAAUGAAGCCGCGCUUACCGCGUGCACUGCUGCCGUCGAAAAAGCCUCGUCGACCGUGCGCACGAGUGUGCUGAUGGUGCACGGCACCGCGGAUCCCUUGGUUCCGUGGAACGGUAACAUGGCCCUUGGAUUUCCAUCAAUCAUGAAGAACCUCGAGGGAUGGAGGGAGCGAAACGGGUGUACAGAGGAAACGAACACCACCAUCUCUACCGAUGCCUAUGUUAACACCAUCUACGCCGAUUGCUACGUACCGAGACGUGCGGCGUCACCUCCGACGUCCGAUGAGGAUCCCGAGGAGCCGCCGACCUGUUUUGAGGACGAUCUCUAUUGGGACGCGGAUUUGGUGGAGAAUACGUCCGGGGAUGCGCCGGCUGCCGUGGUGGAUGCAGCCCUGGUUGACAGAGAACGCCGUAUGUCACCCAUGGAGGCGGAGGAUCUCAGCGUCAGGCGGGAGAGCAGGAGGCUGGUGACCCGACUCAAGCAUGAGCGCCGCUCUCGCGAUCAACGUUGUCAGAAAUGGGUCCGCACGAAGGUCGAGCACGCGAAGUCGCACGAGAAACACGAUGGUAAGACGGUCUACUCUGGAAAAGACAGUAACUGGAGCCACCACGAAAGCAAGGAUUUCCAUCUGCGUCCGCAACCGCAUCUGAAAGAGAAACCGUCACAGGAAGUCCUGAACAGGCACGUUGAUGUGGAGCACCGUCGACUGCACCACCUUCUCUUUGGCUCUGUUCCCAAGGAGAGGUCUGAGGUUCCGGUGCAGCGCGACAGCACCCCACGUCUGCAGGACGGUAGAAGUGAGGUGGAGCUGGUCCGCGUGAAUGGCGGCGGUCAUAGUUGGCCGCGUGACAAAGAUUUCUCGACGACAGACUACACCUACAACUUCGGGAUUCGUAUCUUUGGCCGCUACAACUGA